AUGAAAUUAGUUAAUAUUUAUUAGUCAAUUAGAUCUAAAUCAGAUAAUAGAAGAUAAAUUAGUAGUGAAUAAACUAAAACUUAUCAUAAAUAUAAAUUGCCCUAAUUGAUGGAUAAAUAAAUCUCUUAAAAAUCAUUUAAAAGACGACUUCCAUUAUAAUAAUCCAAAUCAAAGAAAAUUUUGAACUCUAAAUUAGAAAUCUAAUUAUAUUAUGGUUCAAUGUCUAAGGCUGGAUUUGAUGGAUUUUGUGAAAAAACAAAUUAAGAUAGAUAAUUUGCUGAAAUUAUUGAUGAUGAAUAAGGUUUCUUUGCUGUAAUGGAUGGACAUGGAACUGAUGGUGAUAAAAUAAGUACAUUUGUUAGAGACUAUUUUUAAUGUAUAGAUAAUAUAUCAUUAAUUUAGAAUAUUUAAUCAAGGAUUUUAAAACAAUUGAUUUUGUUAAACUUUUUAAAAAUGCUCAUUCUAAUGUUGCUUCUCAUUCUCAUUUUGAUUCACUUAUGUCUGGUACAACUGCUACUUUAAUUAUUAUUAGAGAUUAAAUAAUUAAUUGUGCUUGGGUUGGUGAUUCUAGAGCUAUAUUAUGUUCUAAAUAAUAAGAUAAAUUAAUUACAACUGAAUUAUCUGUGGAUCAUAAACCAAAUUUAUUGAAAGAGAAGAGAAGAAUUGAAAAUUAAGGUGGAUCUGUUAAUACUUACAAACUAUAGAAUGGAUAAUCUGUUGGACCAUCUAGAGUUUAUAUUAAAGGAGCUUCAUUCCCUGGUUUGGCUAUGUCAAGAAGUAUUGGAGAUUAAAUAGCUGAAUAGGUUGGAGUCUCACAUAUUCCUGGUAUUGUAUAUUGUUAUUUAAGAUAUCAAAUAGCAUUAAAUUACUAAGGACGAUUUAUUUAUAAUUCUUGGUUCUGAUGGAUUAUGGGAAUUCUUAGAUAAUAAUUAAGUAUUAAAAAUAUCAUAUAGAUAGCAGAAAUAACACAAGAUUAUUUCUUGAAUAAUGAUCCAUAAGGUGCUUGUCAAAAAUUAAUUUAAGAAUCUAAGACUUAAUGGAAAAGAUUUAGUGAAGGAGUUGAUGAUAUCACUGUUAUUGUCAUAUUCUUAAAGAAUUCAAACUCAUGA